UUUAAUAGUAUGCCUAAUCUAUCACCAGAACUUGCAGAACUUAAUAAAUACGACUCAAACCCCAGCUUCUGCCCCCAACGAAAAAGCUUCUUCAACAUUCUUAAUUUUCUGUACGUAAACAUAUCAUCCAAGAUAUAGUAUUGGAGAGUGAAUUGAAGUAAUUAUGGACGACGUUUUACGAGGCCAAGCCGAGAUAUUUGAGCACCUGUUCAGCUUCGUGGACUCAAUGGCACUAAAAUGUGCCGUCGAGCUUCGUAUUGCUGACAUUAUUCACUCCCAAGAUGGUCCAAUCGCCCUAACCCAGAUAGUUGCCAAUAUUUCUGACUCCACCAUCUCUUCAUCUCCAGAAACGAUGCUUUACCUGAAGCGCAUCAUGAGAUCGCUGGUCCGCAAGAAGAUCUUCACAGUACAAUAUGAUGAUGGUGGUCAGACUCUAUAUGGGGUGUCCUCUAAGUCAGGAUGGCUACUACGUGACUCGAAGCCAAGCUUGGCGCCACUCAUACUGAUGGAGAACCAUCCGUUGCAGAUGGCGCCGUGGCAUUACCUCAGCCACUGCAUAAAGGACGAUGACGGCAUCACCGCUUAUGAGAAGGCCCACGGCUGCGGCAUCUUCAAGUUGGCGUCUGUUAAUGGCGAAUUGAACAAGGCGUUCAACGAGGGCUUGGCCUGCCUGGUGGAGGUGGUGAUGGGAGCCAUUCUACCUGCUUACAAAGAUGUGUUCGGUUGUAUGGGAUCAUUGGUGGACGUGGGAGGUGGGACCGGUGGGGACUUAUAUGAGAUUGUGAGAUCUCAACCGCACAUCAAAGGUAUUAAUUUUGAUUUGCCACAUGUCAUCGCUACGGCGCCUGCGUACGAUGGUGUGGUCCACUUGGCAGGUAACAUGUUCGAGUCUGUUCCCAGCGCAGAUGCCAUUUUCAUCAAGUGGGUACUGCAUGAUUGGAGCCACGAAGAGUGCGUCAAAAUUCUAAAAAAUUGUCGCAAAGCAAUACCAGAAAAGACUGGGAAGGUCAUAAUCAUAGAGAUUGUAUUGAAAGAAUCAUUAGCAAAAGAAAACGACGUUGACGUAUUUGACGAAACGCGAAUGAUAUUCGACAUGGUGAUGAUGGCACAUACUUCGUGUGGAAAGGAGAGAACGGAGUUUGAGUGGAAGAAGCUGUUAGAGGAAGGAGGCUUCCCUCGUUUUAAAAUCACUAAAAUUCCAGCUAUACCCUCUAUUAUUGAAGCAUAUCCUUUUUAAUUCUAUUUCUAUUUUCUUGUUUAUUUAAGGAACUCUGCAAGUGUUAAAUAAACCCACGUCUACUGCACUUCAUAACAAGUCUAGUAUUGAAGUAUUUUCAAUUUAUUUCAAGAAUUCUGGUCAAUUUACUGAUUUUAUUUUUUAAUCUAACUACUAAAAUUAAACACUGCGCCUAAA